GCUUCGGGGAUCCCCAAGGCCAGCGGGUUUUGGGAGAGAGUCACAGCAGGGAGACCACAUCGUCUUGACAGUUGAAACCCCUGUGACGUAUAACCAUGGCGUCCUUCACCAAGAUGCUGAGCGGUCGCAACACAGCAGUGUUGCUGGCCAGCCUGGGUGCUGGCACCGUGGCGACUGGAUACAUGCUGAGCGACAACGCAGCCUUAUCUGCCAAGGAAAGGACGAAGCUUUACCCACCGAGCUCUGACUUCCCAGACCUCCGCAAGCACAAUAACUGCAUGGCUACUGCCCUUACCCCAGCCAUCUAUGCCAAGCUGAGGGACAAAAGCACCCCCCGCAACUGGACCCUGGACCAGUGCAUCCAGACAGGGGUGGACAACCCUGGACAUCCCUUCAUCAAGACCGUUGGCAUGGUAGCAGGGGAUGAGGAAAGCUAUGAGGUGUUUGCAGAUAUUUUCGACCCAAUCAUUCUGGACAGACACAACGGCUAUGACCCCCAUACCAUGAAGCACCCCACCGAUCUGGAUGCCAGCAAGAUCACCGGCGGCGUGUUUGACAGUAAGUACGUGCUCUCUUCUCGUGUGCGUACUGGACGCAGCAUCCGUGGCCUCAGCCUUCCCCCUGCAUGCACGCGCGCCGAGCGUCGAGAGGUAGAGCGCGUGGUGGUCACGGCCCUGGCCGGCCUCAAGGGGGACCUGACCGGGCGCUAUUACAGCCUGGGCGACAUGACAGACCAGGAGCAGCAGACGCUAAUUGACGACCACUUCCUCUUCGACAAACCAGUGUCCCCUUUGCUGACGUGCGCAGGGAUGGCCCGUGACUGGCCUGAUGCCAGGGGUAUCUGGCACAACAAUGACAAGACUUUCCUCAUCUGGAUCAAUGAGGAGGACCACACUCGCGUCAUCUCCAUGGAGAAGGGAGGCAACAUGACGAGAGUGUUCGAGAGGUUCUGCCGUGGGCUCAAACAGGUGACGUGGGAGGCAUUUCAAAUGUUCAGCCCAUUUAAGUUUAGCCACGUCUGAAAACCCAAUGAAUGC